AUGCAAACCUACAAUAACACCUCGAAGCGCAGAGUCUCCAAAGACCACAAUUUGCCUUCCGCAAUGUACCAUCCACCGUCCCCUGGCGCGUCUGUUUCAGCCUCAGCUCGUCUCUCGGACCAACAGGCAGAGCAACCCAAGACCAAGCUACUCGCACAAUUCCGCGCCGACUGGGACUUUCCACGAAUGGUCGCCAGUCUACCGCCCGGAUCAAAAACAUACUUCACGUCCAGUCCCUACUUCGCCAAAGACGUCAAGUUUACCUUGCGGACGCUGAGGGCUUUUGAAAAGUUGGCUGAGCUGGUUCCCAAAGAGCAACGUGAGGCUAAAUUGGAAGAGCUAGGUGGCAUGUUGUGCGGUCGACACAAAGGUCACAAGAGGAAGGGGUGGCCCGAGGAUAAGAAAUGGCCAAUUGGUGGCACUGAUGAGCAGAAGGAUGAGAACAUGAGGUUAGACGUGAAGGAGCUGAUUAAGGAGUUGGAGCCAACUUUCCAAGACAGUGAAGAGGAUGACCGGACCGCUGAUGACAAAACCACCGCACACGUCCGAAACGAGCCUUCGACGAACAAGACGCGUGCCGAGCUUUCAACUUCGAGCACCCGUGCGCCGUCCGAUACAAAUAAAGCACCACGACCACGCAGCCUGUCAGUGGUUGACGAAGAAAAAAGUAACGAAGAUCGUCAGGCACUCCUCACAGCGAUCUCGGAUAACUGGCCCUCAUGGUCGAUCGCCAAAUACCUGCCCAAACAUGCUGUUCCCCUUGGGAGGCCUGUCGCCGACUGGCCAUUCGGUCUGCUUCAGGCAGUGCUUGAGUUGUCCCGUGCUACCGCUGGUCGAGAUAAGGAAGUCCGGGAUAGGCUGGCAGAGGAGUUUCGGUCCAAAAAGAAGAGAUUUUCACAUCAAACGUCUUUGGACAGCAUCAAGGCUGUGCGCAACUCAUUCAAUGGGAAAGGCAAGAUGGCGCGAACAGAGUCGUCGGGUGACGAGCAGGCAGACAAUACCAAUGUAGUCGCAGGCCCAUCAACUGAACAAACUGCACCUUCUCAGACCGAACCUGCAGUGAAGCCAAGCACCUCAUCCACAGCCAAGGCUACAACAGAGCUCCGCAGCGCACCCACCGCCGAACCUCCCACACAGCCAACGCACAAGCGACCGGACGAUCAAGACAGCACAUCCGAGCCCCCUCCCAAGCGCGCAAAACACGCUGCAGAAGAGCGAAACGCGCCUGCCCCCGCGAGCCCAACUCAAGACCCAGUAUCGCCUUCAGUCGCUGGAUCGGAACCUACUCGCUCUCGCCGCUACUUAUCUGGACAGAUAAAUAAGCAGAUUAUAGUUGCAGAGUUUAAUAAGGUUUGUGCUAAGUUAGAUUAG